CUAUUUGCUCCAACCUCCAUGUCCGCCGACAACGAUCCAUUCUAUCUGCGAUACUACACCGGUCACUCUGGCAAGCAUGGCCACGAGUUCCUUGAAUUCGAAUAUUCGCAUGGUCGUCUGCGCUAUGCCAAUAACUCGAAUUAUCGUAACGAUAGUUUGAUACGCAAAGAGAUGUGGGUGGGACCAUUGGUGGUCAAGGAACUUAAGCGCAUCGUGGAGGCCAGCGAGAUUGUCAAGGAGGACGACUCUAAUUGGCCAAAAAAGAAUAUUGUCGGCAAGCAGGAACUAGAGAUCCGCGUCGGGAACGACCACAUUGCUUUCGAGACCGCGAAAAUUGGUUCGCUCGUCGAUAUUCAGGAUAGCGAAGACCCAGAAGGCCUUCGCGUGUUCUACUAUCUCGUCCAGGAUCUCAAGGUUGUGGUUACUCAACUGUCUGUCACUGGCCUUAUGCUGUUUACUAGUGCCUCAUUUUCUCCUUGA